AAUUAAAUAUAUGUUCGAAUAUUACUACGACUAAUUUGUAAAAAUUUGCAAUGUUUGAAAAACUCAACGAUGACUGCCGUCUAAAAAUUCUGGAGUACGUGGAAGACUUAAAGGAUCAACUGGCUUUGAGGCGCAUUUCCCAGAGUCUGCAUUCAAUUGUACAAUAUCACUGGCAUCGACUCAAAAAAGCCACCUUAAGUACUGAUGUUGCGGAUUAUUUCAAGCGGUAUCCAAAUGAGAUGCACGAAUUCCUAAAAUGCGCCAGCGAAUCUCUACAGAGUUUAGUAUUGUGUCGAGGCAGUGUGGAGCUCUUACAAUCUUGGACAUCUUACGCAUUUCCCAAAUUGAUCAGCUUGAACUGUUUAAUGUCGUUCAACGAUACGGACUCGGAUGAGGCCACUCUACUGAUGACUCAACUAUUUCCCCAGCUGAUCAAGUUGAAGCUUGAAAGCGACACCACUGGACAACAUUUGUGGUGCUGGAACCACUUGCAGGAGUUGCAUUUAUACUGUUGCGAAUCCUUGGAUCCUUUGAUACUUCAGCGGAGUUUUAGCUCGUUGCCGCUGCGUAAACUUACUAUACUUUUUUAUGGAUAUUGUGCUAAUUUCGACGAUGACAUUUUACCAGCUUCAAGGAUUGCCACUCUGGAGGAGCUCGUCAUCGAUGAUCAUCACUUGCUGGGCGAGUUUCUGCCCAACUUGCUGCAGCUGCCCAAGUUUCGGAGACUGGCAUUCUACACUCGUGACUACGAUGAGUAUCUGCUGCAAACGGUGGCAAAAUUGCGACCACUCGGAGUGCAAUCAUUGCUCUUUAACGACGCCUUAUGGAGCAAUUCUUCUGUAUGUGACACCAUUAUGCGUUUGCCAAAUUUGCGUCGACUGACUCUGCAGGAUGAUGACAUCGAGUCCAAGCAGUUGCAUUACCUUUGUGACCAACUUAAGAAUCUGGACGAACUGCAUUUAAUUAAGAUGCGUGCAUUGCCCACAGCCACCCAGAUAUGGAACUUAGUUGAGGCGUCUACUUCUUUAAAGAUACUUAACUUAUCCAGCUCCAAGUUGGAAGAACAGUUUGCAGAUUUAAGUGCCGACUGCAUAAAUAGAGUUCUCGUUAAGCGCUCUCCGGAGAAUCCACUCACUCUCCAUGUCCACAAUACUCUUUUGGAUCGCAAUCACUCGAAGACCCUUUCCAUAUUGAAUCAUCCAAAUUUAAAAAUCUCCUUCGAGCCACUCAAUUUAAAUGUAUGGAGUUCGAGAUUUAUAGAAAUUGAAUUCAAUCCGUCCAUGGAUUAACUGUGUAGUCUAUCAGUAAAAUAAAGUUUAAUAUUUUACAAUACAUUCAUCAGUAAACGAAA